AUGGACUGUUCUCCCCCGCCCUCGGCCUCUCUGACUAGCCCGGACAGGACGUGCCCCGAGCUCAAGACGGCGGAUUGGGAUCGAAAGAGGGGCACGUACAGUUACCACCGAUUCGACGACAGGAUCCGCGGCCCGGCUUCAGUGGGAGGCGCGGAGUUUGGGAAAGUCCAGGUUGAUCUGAAGUGGAACUUUCGCCAGUCGCAAUGGGGCUGCAUAGACGGCGACAAGCCCGCGGGAAUCCUCUAUCUUGAAAUCGGCUUGCACCAGCAGGUUGACUACAAGCUCGCGUCCAUCGUUGUGGAGGUGACGCUGGAGGACAUUCCGCCCAAGGAUGGCGACAGCGGCCCUGAGGAGGAUGUUCCAGUCCAAAUGACCGACUGGUUCGGCCCAAAACAAAUCCUCGGUCGCGAGCACGUGCAGCAUGUCACCAAAGACUCCAAAUUCCAGCCAAGCUUGGAGGGAUUUGGUUUUGGGAUUGGGGGUGUCGGCAAGUCUUCGCAGUCCGAAACUCUCGUUCGGUCGCGCUGGGAGUUCGCCGGACGGCUUAAAAGGCCCAAUCGCACCAAGACCCGAACGGUCGGCGGGACGCACUACAAGACCCUCCAGUGGACCGUCUCGGAGAAUGAACUCGAAUCGGCGAGGAACAACACCAUGCAUGUUGCCUUCACGUUCGAGCACGGCGGCCAGCCCUUCCACAUGCACGCCAAAGUGGAGGGGACCUUGAGGAGCAAGCGCGACCGCUUCGUGAACGGCCUACGGAAUCUGACGUUUGGGCCCCGGCGUGACCGGCCGGGGGACGUAUGGACCACGUAUGUCGGCACGUACACUGGCUAUCGGAUGCCGCUGGACGAGCUGGCCGAGGGCCUGGACCUCGCUAUGCAGGAGAGAAACUGGAGGAGCAGGCCGACCGAGGUCCCGGAGCCGCAGCAGGCGACGUUUGAACAGAUACAGCCCCCGCCGCAUGCUCCUCCUACCACAGAGGCUCUUGCGAUCGAGCAAGAACAAGAGGCGGCUAGCGUUUGCGCAGAACAAGGCGAGCCCGGUGUGGCCCCCGCGGCGCACACGAGGUUGUCGCGUCCUGAUCCUUUCCUGUAUCUGGCUCCGACGCCCGAAAGCGAAAGACAGGACGUCUUGAAGAGGCUUGCAAUGGCCGGACAGCCGUUCGCAGCGCCGUCGACGGCCGAGAAAGUGCCCAACACGCCCGUCUGCCGCAUCGACCACCUCCAAAGUCUCGUCGGCAACAACCUUGUCCCCGCGCCGGAUUUGUCGGUAUUCCACUUUGGUGUCUAA